AUGGCCGGCAGUCCCUGUUCAGGCAAAGAUCCUAAAGACAGAAGCCAUUUCUACAUGGGUAUGGACACUUCAAAGAAUGGGCAGGGUCAGGCCCCCAUCACACAAUCCCAAACAAACACCACAGCUGCUGUAGUAGCCAGUGAUCAUGGACAUGGGUACGAAGCUAUGAACCAACAAAAUCAGGCAGGGCAGGGUCAGUCUCAGGCCAUCACUGCAUCCAACACAAACACCACAUAUAUAUGUCCAGCAGAGGACACUUAUCAUGGUCUUGACUACGAAAAUAUGGACCAAGAUGAUCAGACAGGGCAGGGUCAGUCUCAGGCCAACACUGCAUCCAACCCAAACACCACAGCUACUGCAGAGGCCAGUGAUCAUGGUCUUGAGUACUAUGAAGAUAUAGACAAAGAACUUGAUCAGACAGGGCAGGGUCAGUCUCGGGCCAUCACUAAAUCCAACACAAACACCACAGCUACUGCAGAGGCUAGUAGUUAUCAUGGUCUUGAGUACUAUGAAGAUAUAGACCAAGAUGAUCAGACGGGGCAGGGUCAGUCUCAGGCCAUCACUGCAUCCAACACAAACACCACAGCUUUUGUAGCAACUAGUGGUUAUGAUCACAAGCAUGAAUAUAUGAAUCUACAUAAUCAGACAGGGCAGGGUCAGUCUCAGACCAUCACUGCAUCCAACACAAACACCACAGUUACUGCAGAUGCUAGUGAGCAUGGUCUUGAGUACUAUGAAGAUGUAGACCAAGAACUAGAUCAGACAGGGCAGGGUCAGUCUCAGGCCAUCACUGCAUCCAACACAAACACCACAGUUACUGCAGAUGCUAGUGAUUAUGGUCUUGAGUACUAUGAAGAUAUAGACCAAAAACUUGAUCAGACAGGGCAGGGUCAGUCUCAGGCCAUCACUCAAUCCAACACAAACACCACAGUUACCGAAGUGAACAGUGAACUUUAUUAUCAGUAUGAAGAACAAUCUGAUACAAACCAACAUAAUCAAAAAGGGUGGGGUCAGUCUCAGGCCAUCACUAAAUCUAACACAAACACCACAGAUGUUAUGAACAGUGAUCUUUAUUACCAGUAUGAUGACAUGGGAAUAAAAAACAAUCAGGCAGGACACGACAAAUUUCAGACCACAACUGGUUAUAACCAUCGUGAAUCCUUGGAUAUUACAAAUGAUAUUUACACCACAGAGGCAGCUGCCUCAGUGUCUAACCCUGUAUACACAAUGUGA